CCCGCCAUUCCACCUCGUCAGCCCACCUGUAAGCUCCACCCCUCUCGUUACCCGUCACUGUCAUCAUCACCACCUGACAGCCCCCCCUCCCUGCCUCCACGAGAGCCCCUCAGCUCCCCUCUACACCUCCUGCCCCCCCCUCAGGGUCGUCCCCGCUGUGACCUCCUGCCUCAGGCUUUCUUCCCCCCCAACAUCUCUGGCCCAACUUCCAUUUGCUCCACCCCCACCACAUUGUCCUCCUCACCCCCUCUCCCUGCUCCUGUCACCCCCACCUCCAGGAAAUUACCCCUGCCUUCUCCACCCCUCCCCCCACUCCCUCCCCUCACCUUGGAUGGCCCCCCUGUGCCUCCACGUCACAGUGUUCCCAAACUCCCCCCAAAGACAUACAAGAGGGAUUCUGUUGGACACGCCCCCAUGCUGGACACGCCCUCUGUGCGAUUGGACAGCCUGGAGUUCCAGAGGGUUCAGGGACAGCUGAUUGGACAGGCUGUGGAGGAGACUGAGUUAACACUACAGCUGAUUGGAUCAGAAGAAAGUAAAAAUGUGUGAUGGACCAAUCAGGAAGUUCUGACUGCUUCGAACUGAGACUGACUGUAAAACAAAAAUGUGCUCUUAUUCUGAACAUCUCUGAGCUCAGACCUCAGAGGGACGAGACCCUCAGGUACUGGCCUGGAGCCACACCGGUACUGCAGUGGUUCAGGUGGACCUGAUGAAGAAGAUGGUGGUGAUGUCAUUAUUAAUGAUGUAAACAAAAACAAGGGAAUAAACAUUUCUUUCACUGAGCUCGAAAAAA